GUCACUACCACUGUGACCCCCACCACCACUGUGACCCCCACCACCACUGUGACCCCCACCACCACUGUGACUCCCACCACCACUGUGACCCCCACCACUACUGUUACCACCACCACUACUGUUACCACCACCAGUACUAAACCUACUACCACCACCGUCGUCACCACCUCCGUGGAGAUCUGUCUGAAUGGAGGAUCCUGGACAGGGAUGGUCUGCCUUUGCCCCAAUGGCUUCUCGGGGGAUCGCUGUCAGAAUCAUGUUCCGAUUGUCAUCUGUCAGAACGGAGGGACGUGGGACGGCCUCAAAUGUCAGUGCACCAGCCUCUUCCACGGACCCCGGUGUGAGGAUGUGGUAGAGAGCAUCGAGAUAGAGUCCACAGUCUCUGCCACCGUGGAAGUGACUGUCAGAGUGACCAGCCAAAACUUCAGCAAAGAGCUAAAUAACCGGGAAUCCAAGGAGUUCAAGAACUUCAAUAAGACAUUCUCCGAACAGAUGGCGGUGAUUUAUGCUGGAAUUCCUGAGUAUGACGGGGUUUUCAUCAAAGAGCUGAGGAACGGCAGUAUUGUGGUGGAUUAUGAUGUCAUCCUGAAGGCCCAGUACACCAAAAAUUAUACAACCAAGUUUCAGGAAAUCAAAAAUAAUGUGCAGGAAACAAUCAAAAAUGCCACCAUGGUUCAAAUAAGCGGCACUAAUAAUAACUGUACAGCGUUCUUACUGUGUUUCAACGCAAAUGACACCCAAGUGCAAAGCAUUAACAUUUCAGACGUCGUCACUCCUGAAGAGAAAUGCUGGGAGGAGGCUGGGGAGGAGUAUAAGCAGUAUGUCUUCGCGGAACAAAAGGACGAAAAGUGGCGCUGUAUCACGGCCUGCUCGGCGGGGUACAAAGCCUCCUUGGACUGCCACUAUGGCAAGUGCCAGCUGCAGCGGAGUGGCCCCCAGUGUCUCUGCCUGACCACAGACACUCACUGGUACAGCGGGGAGACUUGCGAAUGGGGCAUCCAGAAGAGCCUGGUCUACGGGCUCGUGGGAGCCGGGGUGGCCGUGCUGCUGGUGAUCCUCGUUAUCCUGGCCGUGUUCUCCUUCCGCUACAGAAGAGAGGCGCAAAGGGAACGUUCCAGAGUGACUCAGAUGCAAAAGUGGAAUGAAGAGGAAGGCAGAACUCCUGGCGCCUUCCACAACGUCGGCUUUGACCACAACGAAGAACGAGAAGACUACAUCAACUUGGGCUCUGUGUACAGCAACUUUGACGCCUUACGCAAUAUAAACCCUGAAGAAAAGAUCCAGAUCCAGAGGCCCCAGGUAGUCAUGACGUCACUGUAG